CUCGGCAGCAGGCAGUAUUUAGGCGGUUCAUUGACCAACAUUCAGAAGAGCUGCCUUCAUUUGCGGCUUUUUUUUCUUUUUAUCAUGCCUGUUUUGAAUGCAAAACCGAACUUUGAAAUCCUCAAGGAACCUAGAGGGUUUAUUAAGCUUAUAGAAUUGGCCAUUGCAAUAUUUGCAUUUUCCACAACUGUCGGCUACCAUGGACAUUUUGAGGUGAAGAUUGCAUGCACGCAGAACGCUGUAAAGGCAGACUUCARCUAUCCAUUCAACACAAUUGAUUAUUACUACAAUUGCAAUGGUACUGCAAGCGAAAAUCUGCCCCUAGACUACCAGUCUGAAUCCCAGUAUUUUGUGUUUGUUGGAGUGACAUGCUUUCUGUAUAUUAUUGCCGUCACUUUGUAUUAUAUAUUCUUUGAUAAUCAAGCGAGAGAUGCGGCGUCGACUGAUGUUGGUAUAUGCAAUUUUGUCAUAGUGGAUUUUGUAGCCACUGUUGUGUAUGUCAUCUUUUGGUUUACCUGUUCCAUUGCCUGGGCUGCAGGUUUAUCAGGAUUAAAAGAUGCAACUCAAAGCAAAAUGGGUGCCACUCAGUUUAUUCCUUGUAAAAAUAAAGCCUUGAAUUGUUCCCMAGGCAUGGAAGCAACCUUUGGAGCRUUGAACGUGUCAGUGUUGUUGGGAUUCUUGAACUUCCUUGUAUGGUGCUUCAAUAUCUGGUUCCUGUUCAAAGAGACCCCCUGGCAUAGCCCCCGUGGUGGGCGUGGCUCUGUACCUCCAGCUGGUGACCCAGAAGUCAAGCAAGAAAUCCCACCUUCUUCUAUCUAAGCGAGAAGUUCUGUGCUGUCAGUCUGCUUUCUUUGUCAAGUGAUGUCCAUCAAAGCCUGUAUAGUUAAACCCUUGGCUUUUGACAAUAACAAUCUACUCAAAUGGGCAAUGUUUUCAUGUAUUGAGAGAUGAGAGUGUAUAAUGGAUUUUUGUGGAAACAGCAUUCAGGCAUUCUUCCAUUCUGAUGUACUGUGGAGCCUUUUCAAAGCAACAAUGGAGUUAGGAUUAUGAUUUUCUAAAAUAAUUUGUCUGUUUUGAAAGGUGCCGCUGUAUUGUCACUGAAAUUUGACCCUUUCCUGAUACAUUUAUGUCGAUUUGUACUAAGGACAUAGCGGUAAUUAACAAGAUCAGAUUGUAAUAAUAUUAUCCUUUAGGUUGUCUUAAAAUCCAGRUAUAUUUGUUUUACGUUUCUUUAUGGAGUUCAUUAAAGGCCUAUAGUCAAACAGCAUCAUUUACAAGCUUUUGUUUAUAUUUGAAAAUAGAGACACAUUGUAAUAUAAUCAAAAACUUAUCUCAACAUUUAUGUUCUAUGACCAGAGAUAUUGUAAGUAAAACUUGUGGAUGGAAAAGAUUGUGAAAAGAUUGUGAAUUCACCUCAAUUUCCUUAAUAUUAUUAUACAAAAAAAAGACUUUAAUGAAUGCUGGUUGACCAUGGCCAUUAGAUAGAGCUACCCUUGACUGGUGAUACUUACUUUUGGUUUUAAAUAUAUAAAAAAACUAGGGUAACCCUUGAUUUAAA